AAACACUGUCUUAUAUAACCACCGCCUCCUCGUCAAAUACCUUUCAAGCCACGUACCGAAUUCCAAGACCGAUAGACAGAAAAGAACAGAGAGACACAGAGAGAGAGAAAGCUCGCCACAGUAACAAUGGCGACCAAAAACCAGACCCAUCAAGGUAUGGACACAGACAAGCCUAAUGUAGAUUCAUCGACGGAGGACGAGAGGUGCCCUGUGGAGGAGGUGGCUCUGGUGGUGCCGGAGACCGACGACCCAACACUCCCAGUGAUGACAUUUCGUGCAUGGUUUCUUGGGCUGACCUCAUGCGUGAUCCUCAUCUUCCUCAACACCUUCUUCACGUACCGUACUCAGCCGCUCACUAUCUCGGCCAUUCUUAUGCAAAUUGCGGUCUUGCCCAUUGGGAAAUUCAUGGCCAAGAUCCUGCCUACCAGAGAAUACAGUGUGUUUGGGUACGGGUUCAGUCUGAAUUCAGGGCCAUUUAACAUCAAGGAGCAUGUAAUUAUCACUAUCUUUGCUAACUGUGGCGUCUCUAUUGGUGGGGGUGAUGCUUACUCCAUUGGUGCGAUUACUGUUAUGAAGGCCUAUUAUAAGCAGAGCUUGAGCUUCCUAUGUGGACUCCUCAUAGUCUUGAGUACUCAGAUAUUGGGGUAUGGAUGGGCAGGAAUUCUAAGGAGGUAUCUGGUUGAUCCAGUUGAGAUGUGGUGGCCUUCAAACCUUGCUCAGGUCUCUCUUUUUAGAGCACUACACGAGAAGGAGCCUAAGGGUAAAGGUCUCACCAGGAUGCAAUUCUUCCUUGCUCUUAUGGCAGCAAGCUUUGCCUAUUAUGCACUUCCCGGUUAUUUAUUCCCAAUCUUGACAUUCUUCUCAUGGGUCUGUUGGGUGUGGCCUCAUAACAUCACUGCUCAGCAAGUCGGCUCAGGUUACCAUGGACUUGGGGUCGGUGCCUUCACCCUUGAUUGGGCCGGAAUUUCAGCUUACCAUGGCAGCCCAUUGGUUACGCCGUGGUCUUCCAUUCUCAACGUUGGAGUUGGGUUUAUCAUGUUUAUCUACAUUAUUGUGCCUUUGUGUUACUGGAAGUAUAAUACUUUCGAUGCUCGGAAAUUCCCUAUUUUUUCUAAUCAGCUGUUCGCUAGUAGUGGGCACAAAUACGAUACAACCAAGAUCUUGACACCUCAGUUUGAUCUUAACAUUGCUGCUUACAACAGUUACGGGAAGCUAUACCUUAGUCCUCUGUUUGCCCUGUCCAUUGGGUCAGGAUUUGCAAGGUUUACUGCAACCCUGACUCAUGUGGCACUUUUUCAUGGCAGGGAUAUUUGGAAUCAGAGUAGAUCAGCAAUGAAAAAUGCGAAAUUGGACAUACAUGCAAAGCUGAUGAAAAGUUACAAACAAGUUCCUGAGUGGUGGUUCCUUAUCUUAUUACUUGGGAGCAUUGCCGCAUCUUUAUUAAUGUCGUUUGUCUGGAAAGAUGAUGUGCAGCUGCCAUGGUGGGGGAUGCUUUUUGCGUUUGGAUUGGCUUGGGUUGUUACUCUUCCUAUUGGGGUCAUUCAAGCAACUACUAACCAGCAACCUGGAUAUGACAUAAUAGCACAGUUCAUAAUUGGAUAUAUCCUACCUGGAAAGCCUAUUGCAAAUUUGCUUUUCAAGAUUUAUGGGAGAAUCAGCACGAUUCAUGCCCUUUCUUUCCUCUCUGACCUUAAACUUGGGCACUACAUGAAAAUUCCACCGCGGUGCAUGUACACAGCUCAGUUGGUGGGAACCUUGGUUGCCGGAACAGUCAACCUUGCAGUUGCGUGGUGGAUGUUGGAAAGCAUCGAAAACAUAUGUGAUGUCGAAGCACUCCAUCCCGAGAGCCCAUGGACUUGCCCCAAGUAUAGAGUCACCUUUGAUGCAUCUGUUAUAUGGGGCUUGAUUGGACCAAAGAGGCUGUUUGGACCUGGAGGACUGUACCGCAACUUGGUAUGGUUGUUCCUCGUGGGAGCAUUCUUGCCAGUUCCAAUUUGGGUGCUGAGCAAGAUGUUCCCUGAAAAGAAAUGGAUUCCCCUGAUAAACAUACCGGUUAUAUCAUACGGGUUUGCAGGAAUGCCACCUGCAACUCCCACUAAUAUAGCAAGCUGGCUCAUCACCGGAACCAUCUUCAACUACUUUGUGUUUCGAUACCACAAACGCUGGUGGCAGAAAUAUAACUAUGUUCUAUCAGCAGCAUUGGAUGCUGGAACAGCUUUCAUGGGUGUUCUACUGUUCUUUGCUCUGCAAAAUGAGGGAAAAAAUUUAAAGUGGUGGGGAACAGACAUUGAUCACUGUCCUUUGGCAUCAUGCCCAACUGCCCCAGGUAUCACGGUAGCAGGAUGUCCGGUUUUUAAGUAGCAGAAGUAAGUCUUGUAAGAAAGGCAAGUUCUUACAAUUGUUAGAUGUGUUUCUGUUGAUUUGAGUGUUGAGAAUAAGUAGCAAGUUGAGUUGCAUAUGUACAUUUAGAUAUACAUGUUUUUUUACUCCAAUGAAAGCUUAGGAUCACGUUGUUGCUCUUUAUGCUUGAUAAGAAAUUUGAUUUCCACA